AUUGUAUUGUCUAUAGGCUCGAACAAACCUGUCUCUCAGGUUGUCCCACCUCUUUUUCACUAUGGCUGCUGCAAAAGAGUUAAAUCUGUUAUGAAGUUUUAUCAUGUAUUGUUGAAUUAUAAAUUCUGUGCACUAACAUAAACCAGCGUAUAAUGAGUUAAUACAAAAUGACUAAGAGCUUCAAUUUACGCUAUUUAAAUGGAAUCUUGUAAUAGCAUUAUGAGUGGAAAGCUAAAAGAUUUUUCGCAUUUGUGCACAUUAUAAACAAAAAAUGUAUAAUCGUAUCGCUAAGGACGCUAAGCACCACAUGUUCAUACUUACGUUCCGAAUCGAGAAACUCUGCUAUUGAUAGCCAAUUAUUCUCUUUCAUUUUAUCAUCUUUGUAUUCCUUCAACGUUUUAUUGUAAAUGUGUGGGCACUUUUCCACUAAUUGAAUCAAUAAUUCGUCAUUCAUAAUGAAAUCGUAGCGUUAGCGUUACUACUCCAAACAAAGACCAAAAUAAACAAAACUCAGUUUUUAGGUUAAUACUGUAAUGCGCAUGUCCUGAUUCUGAGCAUUCUGAUUGGCUCCGAGAAGGCGACGGAACGGGAAAGUUGAAUCUUGGCCAACUCUUCCGUUUUCGUUCCCGUUACCGUUGCCGUUUCCGUUUGUUGUGCAAGUAUGUAUUGGAUAAUAUGUAAUUGAACUUUUCUCUCGUUUCCGUUUCCGUUCUCGUUCCCGUUCCCAGGCAAUUGUGCAGCAGCCUUUACCGUCAAAUUUCGAAAAAGUACACUUUGAGCGCCUCAAAAGUACCGAUGAUAGCCGUUUUUCGGCGUACUUUGUCUUCGUCGAUACGGACCUUCGUUACGGAUCGACAUAGGUACGAUUUUUUUCGCGAAACGAAAGACCAAAGUCUCCUGAUUAAACCGAUAUACGACACGUUACCCGAUCGGAUUUUUUAAACUCGGCAGAUUAGAAAAUUCAAAGAUAUGCAGAUAUUUUUAAUUUGAAGUUUCAAUUUUGAUUUUCGCUCCAGGACCCGUAUUCUCGUAACUCAAUAAGCUUGCCGUUCCGCGCUCGCCCACCGUGUGAUGACGUCAUAUUCGUACACCGUAUGAACGAAUCAACAAAAAUGGUAUUUACGUUUGUUAACGCUAUGCGUAAUCCAAAAGUGCUCAGCGCACGCUGGGAGGUUUGAAAAUGCCUGCCAAAUGGUAGGUGUUUCUCCAUUCGUCGUGCGAGAUUUCUAACCUACAAAUGAUUUCAAUCGUACGAUUUUGUAAACACAGUUCCCAAUACAGAGUCUUUUGUGUUUUUUACGGAUUUGUUAUAGUAUAAACUGUUAUGGCGUUACCAUAUAUAGGAGGGAUUCUUUUGGAUAACAUUCAAGUGGAAAGACAAAGAUUUUUCCCCGAAGAUCCCUUCGAAUUUUCAGACCACAACUUCAUAAAGUUAUACAGACUUCGGAAGCAAGACGUGGAAAAUUUGGAGGAAAUCCUUCAGCCAUUUCUUCCACUAAGGAAUCGAAUUGAUGCUAUUAACAACUGAGUUAAGGUAGUUUUAAUUUUUAUAAGUAAGUAGACCCCCACUUAAUAAAGAAACAGCCGUUUGCACCGACUUUUUCUUAUGCGGUCAAUAAGCUAUUGGUCUCUUAAAGGACCCUUGCAUCAUUGGUUGGUCUGCACUGGUAUUUAGAGGCACUUUAUGAAUCUCUUAAAGCGCGAUUUGUUAAGUAUGCAAUUUCGGUUACUUAAAGCUCCAUUAGCUGUGUGGUUUUCAAGAUUUAUAGAUUAUAAUAAAGUUGACAGUAAAUGUCACGUUUCACUACUAAAGGGGAUUACUGCGAAAUUCAACACAGCACAUAUCAUGGAUUACAUGAAUUUCCUUGAAAUAGAGCUGCUAGAAGAUAUGUAUGAUGAAGACUUUGAAAUUGGGGAGUUUCUUGAAUUUGGCUUUCCCAGAAGGUUCAAUGAAAGGCCAAAUUAUUAUGAAGAGAUGGACGAUUUGAAUUUUUUGAGGAGGUUCAGAUUAACUAAGCUAACUGUCAUGCAUCUUUUACAAGAAAUUGAAGGUCAACUAGAAUACCCUGAUAAUAGAAAUAACAGUUUGUCUCCAAUGGACCAACUGUUGUUAGCAUUACGGUUCUAUGCAAGCAGUGGGCAUUUAGUCCAAGUAGCAGACUUUAUGAACGUGCAUGUAUCCAGCGCAAGUCGUAUUGUGGCCCAUGUUUCCAGGGUAAUUGCAGCUUUACGACCACAACAAGUUAAAAUGCCUAUACCAACAGAGCAUAAACAAAAAAUAAUUUUUUUCAAUGUGCAGUGUCUUACGGAUGCCAACUUAAAGUUUUUGGAUGUUGUUGCUCGCUGGCCUGGAGCAACUCAUGACUCAACAAUUUUUGCUAACUUGACUAUCAGGGCAAGAUUUGAGGCUGGACAAUUUCCAGGUUGUUUAAUUAAAGGGAUAGUGGGUAUCCACUAAAAAAUUAUCUUAUGACACCCAUAGCGAAUCCUAAUACUCGAGAAGAACAACUUUAUAAUGAGGCCUUAAUUCGCACCAGAAACAGUAUAGACACGGUUUUUGGAAUCUGGAAACGUAGAUUCCCAGUAGCUUCGAUUGAAAACUGAAACUAUAUUGACCCUUAUAGUUGCUACUAUUGUGCUGCACAACAUCACAAGAGACAUGAAUGAUCCGGAUCCUCCAGUUCCUGAAGAUUUGAAUGAGGAACAAUUAGAUUAUUUGAUUGAAACUCAACAAAUUGAAAUGGGGGCUGAAGGAGGAGCAGUGUACAAGAGGAAAUAGUUCGUUUUUUCAAUCAAUUAUAAUCCUGUACAGAUUAUUUUCUAAAUAAAAG